AUGCCACAUGUCCUUAUUAUAAACACCUACGUUCCACGUGUCAAUCUUGCAGCGAUCUUAUCGAUUGUUUUCCCGUCCAUUGCUUCAUUGAAGAAUCGACAUCAUCUCUUACUAAUAAGUAUUCUUGCUUCGUUCCUUCUAUUAUCUGAUGAUUCUCUCCCGUUUGUUUUCUGCCUUAAUCUUUUACCCACUCCACCUCUCUCGCUUUCAAACCCUAGACAAUUCGAUUGGAGAAUGAAGGUUACUAUGGAGGUGUACGUCUGCUCAUGGAAACUUGUAAAGUUUAUACCAAAUACUGCAAAGAACAGGGGAUCGAUCUUCACAACAACAACUUUUCUCUUUCAUAUGAAACUAACAUCCCUCGUCAGACAUGGUUAUCUGGUUCAGUGUCAUUGUUUACAAGACAGAGUAGCUCAAGUUUAUGGAGGCCUUGUUUACAUGGAUUUUGACAAGGACAAGAUGGAUAAAUGUAGGCAUGGAAAUUACAUAGAGUUGGAUACAAGUCUUCUUCCACUUUUUCAUCUCAUCUAUGCUGAAAAUCCAAGUGAUUCUGGAAAGGUGCAUAGCACAGUUCGACAAAGAUGGCUAGAUGGAGACAAGUUUAUAAUAUCAUCAAUGGAGGAAGCGGCAAACUUAGCUCUUGACGGAAAACAACUUUACUUGAAAAAGAUUAUUCUAAACUUGCUACCCUUAUGA